GCCGAUAGUAGAUCAUUGUCAUUUAUUCCAGCAUGUCUCCGACGAUCCAGCCCGCAAAGUCUGGAGAUGGCGCUGUGCUAUCUCCCAUCCACACCGAGAAUGUCCUGAAGAGUGAAGUCGAAGAACGUCGGGACUACUCCGGGGCCCGCGAGAAAACCGACCCCCGCGAGAUCGCACUUGUCCGCAAACUGGACUGGUGGAUCAUGCCUAUCCUUUGGCUGAUGUAUUGGUUGAACUAUCUUGAUCGAAACGCCAUUGCCCUUGCGAAACUCGAUACUCUCGAGGAGGACCUGAACCUCACAGGAUCACAAUACCAAACAUGCGUGUCCAUCCUGUUCGUCGGUUACGUCAUCGUCGGCAUCCCAGCCAACAUGGUGGUCACACGAAUUCGGCCUAGCAUAUGGAUGGCCUCAUGCAUGACGGUAUGGGCCAUCAUCAGCGGGCUCACGGCGAUUGCUCGUAACUACACUGGCCUGCUGCUGACCCGUUUCUUCCUGGGUAUCACUGAGGCUCCUUACUAUCCAGGUGCCCUCUACAUCCUGGCUACCUUUUACACGCGAAAAGAAUUAGCCACGCGCAUUUCAAUUCUUUACACCGGCAACAUCCUUGCGACGGCAUUUGCCGGUUUGAUUGCGCUAGGCAUCUUUGAGAUGCACGGCAUGGCCGGCAUCUCGGGUUGGCAAUGGCUCUUCAUCAUCCAAGGCGCCGCAACGCUCAUCGUCGCUCUCGCGGCCUUCUUCAUCCUUCCUGACGAGCCCCUCAGCACGAAAUGGCUGACACCAGAGGAGCGCAAGCUAGCUCAUGAAAGAACCCAAGAGGAUACUGUGGCAAACAAGGGCCAGACUACCACCUGGUCAGGCAUUCUGGAUGCAGCCAAGGAUCCAAAGGUCUGGCUGUUUGUGGCGAUGCAGCACGGCCAUCUCGGAGCGAACGGAUUCAAGAACUUCUUUCCCACUGCCAUUCGCACACUUGGAUUCAACCAAACCAUUACUCUUGUUCUUACGUGCCCGCCGUAUCUCAUUGCAGGCUUUAUCUCGAUCGCUUGGUCGUGGUCAUCUGGCAGAUACAAUGAACGCACAUGGCACAUUACCAUAGGAAAGGCGAUCGCUGUCUUUGGGUUCGUCUUAGGCUGUGCAACCCUAAACACCGGCGCCCGGUAUUUUGCCAUGUGCGCCUUCUCCGUGGGUACCUACUCUUGUAACUCGAUUAUCCUCGGAUGGGUGUCGGCAACUUGCUCGCAAACAAGAGAGAAGAAGGCUUGUUCUCUUUCCAUCGUUAACUGCUUGGCUGUCGCAAGUUUCAUUUGGACGCCGUACCUGUGGCCUGAGUCUGACGAGCCUCGUUACACGAUGGCCAUGUCGACGAGUGCUGCUCUAAGCAUUCUGGUGGCAGCUGGCGCGUGGGGCAUGCGGUACUGGCUGAAGCAGGAGAAUGAGAAGAUCCGGCAAUCGGAAGAUGAGACGACUGUUUUCUAUGCCUACUAAAUCAAAGGCCUUGACGGCGCCUUGAGGCUCAAUCUCGACGCGGCUUGAUUUAAUUCUGGACAAGAGAUAUCAUAUUUCAAGCUCAAAAUUGAUAAAGCUUGCAAAAUGGACUGCCUCAAUUCGAAGUAUCCGAUCGCGGCCCUUUUCCUUGGCUUCGGUGAGCAAAUGACAAAAAGGCAAAUUG